GUAGUGUAGUACGAGAGUCAGUGAAGCGUUUGUACACAUUCGUAAGCGUUACAGUGUAGUUAACUCGAUGCGAACUAAUUGUUUCAUGUCGAAUAAGAAAAUAUUGAGUGUAAAAAGAUGUUUCUUAACGAACUAUAUAUUUUUCUCGAAUAUAUAAAAUAUCAAGCUGCCUGAAAAUAUUUAACAUAUUAUUCAAAUAUUAGUGAAAUCAAGGACUUUUGAUUACUUGGAGAACACUUGAUGUAGUGCAUUCCGAUUAAAAUAAGGAGGAUAGGAGGUAUACUAGAACAAAAAUUAUAUAAAAUACUUAUUGACUUGUAAAAAAUUGAUACCAACGACUACCACGAAUAGAAAGUAAAACGAAAAUAAUAAACACCCGUUUUACACGAAUUGACAAUUAAUAUUACGUAUCUUUUUCUAUUUUUCUAUAUAUUUUAUAUUCAAAAUUAUAAAUAUCAGUGGGUGAUGUAUAGCAAUUGUAAGAAUUCUCUCUAUUUUCAAUUUUUCCCCGAUAAAUCAACAAGUGGUUCCAACAAAAUUACGAUCUAGUGCAUACACGACGAUAUGAUGUAAUGCGCAUGCGCAAAGGAUGUGGACUUUUACUUAAAAUUUUUUUAUAUUUUUAGAAAAGAAUUAAUUAAGAAUUAUAAAAAAGUUAUCAUCUAAUAAAUUAGGCUACUUUGCUUUAGGCUUACGAUGGUAUCCAAAUAAUUUAUAUAUUCUUCAUUAAUAUUAACUGAUCAGUUAUACUUCUUAUUAUGAAUUUGAUCUCUGUUAAAUGAAAAAAGAAGGUGAUAAACCUAUUAAUAAAAAUACAAGUUGUUAAAAAGGUUUAUAAAAAAAAUCAACAUGCCUCAUACAUCAAGAUAUUUAGAUUACCAUAGAGGUAUGAAUCGUGAUUAUCUGACAGAUGGAGAAGAAAGUCAACGUGCUCCUUCAGACCAUACUAUGUCAGAGUACAUUGUGACCAAUGACCAUACUACGAUGGUGAAGCCAGUCAUACCGGCAAGAAAACAUCGUAAAGAAAAAUAUGACCAAAGUGAGGAGAGCAGAUCACAAAGUGCACACAAUAGUCGUGGGUCUGUAUUUUCUGGUCCAUCUCGACAUCCACUUAAUAAAAGUGCAUCACAUGGUAGUAUCUGUGAUAAUGGUUCAGAUAUUUAUGUUACAAGCGCUGCUUAUAGAACAACUUCAGAAAUAAGUCGGGGAUCUCAUCAUAGUCUUGCCCCAAGCUCUAGAAUGGAUCAUCGAGCUCCUAGUCAUUACAGUUAUGGUUCUGGGAGAUCUGGAAUAUCAACAGUUAAGACGCAAACUUCAAGGAAAGAUGGUAUUAUAAUAGAAACUAUGUCGACACCUAAUCCUUUUUGCCCAAAUACAAAAGGAAUUUGUUGUCUUAUGUUAAUUUUGAAUCUUGGUUUAAUCCUUGUAACUUUGGGUAUCAUUAUAGUUAUACAAUUCUUUCAAUUAUUGAUUGUAUGGAUUUUAGGUAUAGUUUUUCUUGUUUUUGGGUUCUUAACCUUGAUGGGGAGUCUUAUAUAUUGUGUACAUGUAUUCAGAAAUGCUAAGCAUCCACAAGAUAUAAAUCCAGAAGAUCUCUACUGGACGCGUUAUUGGCAAAAACAUGUUGGAUCUGCACCUGGAGUCUUUUAUAAGGCUGAAGACAAAUAUCAAGAAGAUGGAUAUAGCGAUCGUUAUAGUAAAUAUUCAGGCAAAUAUUAUGAUCGACAUAAUCAAAGAUACUGACGAUUUUGAAAGC